AUGGAUCCCGCAGCGAUGGCGAGCCUUACGAUCUACAACUUCCCGCCUAUGCCGCCGAAUUUCGAUAGCGUAGGCAUUUUCUAUAUGACCUUCUGCGUAACAUGGACGGUACUCGUCAUCGCCGGCAUGAUCUUCUGCUGGGUCAAUCGCGAUAGCCCCGUCCUCAAGAUCCGUGGCUUGCCGCUGUCCUUUGCCGCUAUCUUCUGUCUUCACCUGUACUGGAUUCUGGCCCAGAUCACCUAUCCUAUCGGUGGAACAAUGCCGGCCGUUCUGGCCUACGAUGUUCAGUACUUCGUCAUGGGAACCUGGUUCCCGCUCGGCAUUGCCUUGUUCCACGCAUCCAACGCUCGUUUCUUGCACGUUGCGAAGCUGCAGAAGCUGCAUUUUGCGGAUAAGGGAGAAGGAAUCAAGCGAGGAAAGCUCGGCUGCGAUGGUGCCAGGACAUCCUGGCUUUGCCGCUUAAGGAACAUGGACUAUACGACGAAGAUCAUGAUCCCCAUUGGCUUGGGUCUGGUUAUUCAGGCAUGCUUGACUAUUGGCAUGUGGCUCGCUUGCAAGAAGUAUCACCCGACAUUCGGCAUUCCUGGUACAGAAAUCCAGGGCUCCAACGUCAUGGAGCAGUUGGUAGACUUGGGUCGAGGAUGGGAAUGGUGGCCGACGGUAGUUUGGCAGUUUCUCUGGUCGUGGAUUAUUGCCCCCACGAUGCUUUGGAAGGCUUGGGGCAUCCGCGACACAAUGGGAUGGCGCACACAAACCAUUGGAUGCUGCCUCGCCAGGUUACAUCUCUCGUCCAUGGUGUUCGAGAUCUUUGCCGUCUUUGUGCCAGCAUUCCAGGUCAUCCGAUUGCGAAUUCUAAACAAGAAGGCAAGGGAUGCGAACGCCAAGUGGGACACGUCGUCUCAAUCAAGUACUUUGAGGCCUAUGUCUAACGCUAUGGGCACUUGCGUCAACUGCAGGCGUGAAGCCUCAGCCAGCCAGUUGGAGAAGGGCCUCGCAAACGUGUACCAAUCAGACAACAUUGAAAUCGGCCCGGAGCCGGAUAGCCGUCUUCUCACGAUGAGCGCUCUCGACCACGCCCUCCGCGAGAACACCGGUUCUCUUCAGGAAUUCUCGGCUCUCUGCGAUUUCUCCGGAGAGAAUAUUGCCUUCCUGACCCGCCUGGACGCAUGGAAGACCUCAACUUGGCCUCAAUUUGCUCUGAACUCGAAAGCUCAUUCACUGAGUGGUGAAGAGAUGCUGGAAGCCUUCAACAGCGCCCUCGACAUCUACGCGGACUUUAUCUCGAUCAAUCUCGCCGAGUUCCCUCUAAAUCUUCCAUCAACCGAGCUCAAGCAUCUUGAAGCUGUUUUUGAGAAGCCCGCUCGCAUUCUCUUCGGCGAAGACUCUUCACUGAACCACAUCACCCCCUUCGAUGAUGCGUAUCACACCCGUAAUGGUCAGACCUCAGGCAGUGGACAGGACAUCCGAGGCCAGAUCCGCUACACCGGCGAGAUUCCCUCCAGCUUCAACCCCAAUGUGUUUGACAGCGCUCAGGGGCACAUCAAGUAUCUCGUUUUGACCAACACCUGGGCCAAGUUUGUUAAAGAGAUGCACCAAAGGAGGCGGUCAAGCGAAGCAAGCAGGAGUGUCAUAUCGACAGAAUCAGAGACAUCGCUUUUGAACAGGGUCUCCACAAAGGUUACAGAUAUGAUGCGUGGGAAGAGUCGCUCGGAUUCUUCUUGA